ACAGGGGUGAUGUCCUUUUCUGCUUCCUAUCCUUCCUUACGCCUCCGCCUCAUAUGAGAUUAGAUCCCCUCUCUCUCCCCUUCUGUGUCUGCCUCCGAAAGUGAAGAUAAAUCCUCUCGAUCAGCUCGCCAUCUCUCGCCCUCCAUCCUCCCUCCCCAUCUUCCGGAUGAUCUGAAGGCUUCUUGCAGGUAACUCGUAAGGAUGCAGUCACUUUUCGUGAAGGUUACUUUUGUGGCCUUUAUCUCCCUAAGCUCUGCAGCCAUUGGAUAUGGAGGGGUCACAAGUAAAUUUGUUAGAUCAGAGUGGCCGUCCGUGGACAUUCCGCUGAACAAUGAAGCAUUUGCGAUUCCAAAGGGUCAUAAUGCGCCGCAACAAGUGCACAUCACACAAGGUGACUAUGAUGGAAAGGCCGUCAUUAUAUCGUGGGUGACUCCUGAUGAACCGGGAUCCAAUAAAGUUCACUACGGCACAUCGGAGAAAAAUUAUGUUCACUCUGCUGAAGGGACAGUGACUAAUUACACUUUUCAUGAGUAUAAGUCUGGCUACAUCCAUCACUGCCUAGUCGAUGGUCUUGAGUAUGAUACAAAGUACUAUUACAAGAUUGGAAGUGGAGAAUCUUCGCGAGAAUUCUGGUUUCAGACACCUCCAAGAAUUGGUCCAGAUGUUCCAUACAAGUUUGGAAUGAUUGGUGAUCUGGGUCAGACUUACAAUUCUCUCUCCACCCUUGAGCAUUAUAUGCAUAGUGGAGCACAGACAGUCUUGUUUGUUGGCGACCUUUCUUAUGCUGAUCGUUACCAGUAUAAUGACGUUGGUUUACGAUGGGAUACGUGGGGCCGCUUUGUUGAGCGAAGUACAGCUUAUCAACCUUGGAUAUGGUCUGCUGGAAACCAUGAGAUUGAGUACAUGCCAUACAUGGGGGAAGUUACACCUUUUAAGUCAUAUCUUUACCGGUACGCAACGCCAUAUCUGGCCUCUAAGAGUAGCAGUCCUAUGUGGUAUGCUGUCAGACGCGCGUCUGCCCAUAUAAUCGUUCUCUCAAGCUAUUCUCCUUUUGUGAAAUACACGCCACAGUGGUUCUGGCUGAAAGAAGAAUUGAAGAAGGUGGACCGGGAGAAGACUCCUUGGCUCAUUGUUCUCAUGCAUGUUCCAAUAUACAACAGUAAUGAGGCACACUUCAUGGAGGGAGAAAGCAUGAGAGCAGUGUUUGAGAAGUGGUUUGUCCGUAAGAAAGUGGAUGUUGUCUUUGCUGGCCACGUCCAUGCUUAUGAAAGAUCGUAUCGUAUCUCAAACAUAAAUUAUAACGUGUCAAGUGGGGAUCGUUAUCCUAUGCCGGACAAAUCGGCUCCUGUCUACAUUACUGUUGGAGAUGGUGGUAAUCAAGAAGGUCUCGCUGGAAGAUUCAGAGAUCCACAGCCUGAAUAUUCCGCAUUCCGAGAAGCCAGUUAUGGCCACUCCACUCUCGAAAUUAAGAACCGGACCCACGCUUUCUAUCACUGGAACCGCAACGAUGAUGGAAAGAAGGUGCCGACUGACUCCUUUGUAAUACACAAUCGGCACUGGGCGAGCAAUCUCAGGAGAAGAAAGCUGAAGAAGCACUAUCUGAGAAUCGUUGGAGGUCGAACUGCGACCAUCUGAUGCAAGAACCAAGUAUUUGGUGCUGUUUGAACAGGAUCUCCGGGACAGGAAUAGAACGGGAGUCGAAAAUGUAACUUGUGUCGUCUUCUCCUAUAGUGCAUGUGCAAGUAGGCUGAGGAAUGUUGUUAUCGGUGCCAUUUCUGAAGCUUGUAUAUUUGUUUAGACAGGGAUAUUUGUUGAAGAACCAUAGUCUCUGCAACUGCAAUAAUGUGCACUAAUUUGCAUUGCUUCAGGAAAUGAUAUUAUCUCGAAGACGUGCAUUAUCCAACCGAAA